UGUCCCUGAUGUGCUUUCACAGCAUUGCCGUGUUUUCUUCGAGCGCCCAGGCUAUGCAAUUCAGUUCAACUAAUAUCGUAAUCAGUAGUAAAUAAAGUGACUAGUGCAGCGAUUCAGCAUAUAUUAUUUCUCAAACUAUGUCAGUUGUACCUCCUAAUCGAUCUUCAACCGGCUGGCCCCGUGGAGUAAAUCAGUUCGGAAAUAAAUACAUUAGCCCACCGGCUAAACCUCUCACCCUGGAGCGAACAAUUAACCUAUACCCUCUAACGAAUUACACAUUCGGCACCAAGGAGCCACUGUAUGAGAAGGACAGCUCCGUGUCCGCACGCUUCCAGCGGAUGCGGGAGGAAUUUGAGAAGAUCGGAAUGCGUCGGACUGUGGAAGGGGUUCUAAUAGUGCACGAGCACAGGCUCCCUCACGUGCUACUGCUGCAGCUGGGAACCACCUUUUUCAAACUUCCUGGUGGUGAGUUGAAUGCUGGAGAAGAUGAGGUGGAAGGGUUGAAGCGACUAAUGACAGAGAUUUUGGGGCAUCAAGAUGGAGUGAAACAAGACUGGGUCAUUGAUGACUGCAUUGGAAACUGGUGGAGACCGAACUUUGAACCACCUCAGUAUCCCUACAUUCCAGCUCACACCACUAAGCCUAAGGAACAUAAGAAGCUGUUUUUAGUACAGCUGCAGGAGAAAGCAUUGUUUGCUGUGCCAAAGAACUAUAAGCUGGUGGCUGCCCCCUUGUUUGAGCUUUAUGACAAUGCUCCUGGUUAUGGCCCUAUUAUAUCCAGUCUUCCACAAUUACUGAGCAGGUUUAAUUUCAUCUAUAAUUGAGAGGCAUAUGCUUAUGUCAUGACCAUGGGCUGUCUCCGUGAGUGCAGUCUGACUGGAAAGGGAGAGAUGAUGGAUAAAGUGAAGCUGAUUGGGUUAUGGGGAGGUCCAUUGAGGUUUACCAAACAUCUCACUUCCGGACCUAAGUUGCUUGACAUUACAUUGAAAUGUGUUUUUGUUUUUGUCUCCAUUGAUUGCAAGUCUAUUAUUUUCAUCAAGAAACUUCAUUUUUAUGUUUGACUAGUAAGUGAAUACAAUGUUUUAGUGAAAUUUGUUUUCGGUGGCUUUUUUUUUUUAACCUUGUAUACUUGUCGGUGCUUUUUAUAAUAAAUGUUUUUCU